CGACCUUAGGCGCCGCUUCUGGGCUCAACUGGGUAAAGAAAUAACAACAGAUGGCGAGACGUCCCCAGCCCUUGGAGUCCGGGCGUGCGACUCCAACCUAACGAAUAAAUUAGGUCGAUAGGUAGACCCCGACAACGAGGAGCGAGCAGCGACAUAGUUACGGCGGCAGCAGUUUUUAGUCCCGGCUCUCCGACGACAAGGACCUCGGCGGUAUCCGGUGACCACCUUUUCUUCUACUGCUCAACUAAAAAGGUUGUUGCGGAACUGCAGAGAAGCGAUGUCGAACACCAUGAGAUCGGGGAGAAAGAAUCUGAGAAGAGCAACCGAAGAGGAAGGGCUCUCUCUGCAAGAAGGGCAGAGCAUCAUGCAGGUCGUGUCCCUUAGGGGUUCCAAUGUCAUCGAGGUUAUGGAUGCAAAAGGUGUUAAAUAUCUGGCUCUAUUCCCAGCCAAAUUCCAGAGGAGCUUUUGGAUCAAAAAAGGAAAUUUUGUUGUGGUAGAUGAAAGUGGGAGGGAGAAGGCCCUUGAAUCAGGUAGCAAGAUAGUGUGUAUGGUUUCACGAGUUCUUUUUCAUGACCAAGUUCGCAAGCUUGAAAAAUCUCCAGAAUGGCCUGCUAUCUUCAGAACUAUAGUGGCGGAUGAUUCAAAAUCCCUUGUGCAAAGACCAACAUCGGGGGGUGAAGAGGGAUCAAAUUCUGACGAUGAGGAUGGCCUCCCACCACUGGAAGCAAAUUUGAACAGGAAUAGGCCGGUUGAGCUGUACUCAGAUUCCGAUAGCGGUUCAGAUUCUGAUCACACACCAUAAAUUAGUUGAGGGGACAGUCUCCAGUGCUGAACUGGGAAAUUUGCAGCCCAUUUGAACCCUGAAGACAGCUUUGCCGGUGCAUGUAUUCUUUGUAUCAAAUAGUGGCGUCGGUAGGAAAGUAGUUUAAAUGAUGAUGCAUUGGCACAGAUCUUGAUGGCCUAGAAGGGGCAAAAGGGUUGUCAUUGAACUAAAAUGAUUCUCAAAUAUACGUGAAGAAAUUGUUGUCCAAGUAUUUUUCUGUUGGAUCCUGGCCGG